UUCUGUGUUGAAACGUCUGAGACAGUCGAAAACGUUUGAAACUCGAGUCGUUGAUUGACACCCUGUUAACAUCUAUCUUUUUUUUAUUUCGAACCUCAGCAGCGUCCCUGUGGUUCACUCACGACUUUGCAUCGCUAAAGAGGCCUUUUGUUCUUAUUUCAUUACCUGGAUCUUCAUAGAGUAGCUCCAACACAAAUUUGCCGCUAUUCUUUCCCUUAGAGUUUGCGUGCAUUCAUACCUCGCCCGCUAUGGUGUUUAAUUACUCCUGGCGCGGAGCCCUUGCAUUCUCCGUUGUAGGAUCCUACUUGCUCGCCUUAUACCAGCCACCAUGGUGGAAUCUUCACUUUACUGGCGGAUUUAUUAGUCUUUGCUUGAUUCAAACUUUCGCCUGGGCCGUUUGGACCGUAAUUCUAUGGCCUAAGUUGUUCUCCCCGCUCCGAAGUCUGCCGGAGCCGUCUGGAGGUUCGUGGUGGAACGGCCAUUUCGCAAGGAUCUUGGCAGAGCCGAGCGGUAUUCCCAUGAGAGACUGGGUCGGCACUGUCCCCAACGAUGGGGUCAUGAGGUAUCUUGGCAUGGCAAAUCGCGAACGAGUGCUUGUCACUGGCCCCAAGGCAUUAUCGGAGGUCUUGGUCACCAAAAACUACAUCUUCGAGAAGCCUCAAUCACUACGUUUCAACAUUGGCCGUCUCCUCGGUGAGGGUAUCCUCCUUGCCGAAGGUGACGAACACAAGGUGCAGCGCAAGAAUCUUAUGCCUGCCUUUGCGUUCCGACACACCAAAGACCUAUAUCCUAUCUUCUGGCACAAAACCCGCGAGGUGGUUCAGGCCAUGGAUAAGCAUAUCGUGACUGACGCCGCCAACCAGCCUACGUCCCCCGACUCUGAGAAAGCCGGCAAAUCAGCUAUAAUAGAGGUCGGCAACUGGGCUUCUCGCGUAACCCUUGACAUCAUUGGAGUCGCUGGGCUUGGUCGUGAUUUCGGUGCCAUCCAAGACGAGAACUCGGAGCUCAAUGAAACCUACCGACAAUUAUUCACGCCUAAUCGGCAAGCGUUAAUCCUGAACCUUCUCAGCCAGUUUAUACCAGAGUGGGUCAUCGGUAGACUCCCUGUGAAGCGGAACGAAGAUGUCAAUGCAGCCUCACAGUAUAUUCGUUCAGUUUGCCGUAGUCUCGUCCAAGAGAAAAAGCAGAAAAUUGCUCGAAAAGAACCAACAGAUCACGAUAUUCUCUCAGUAGCUUUGGAGUCUGGGGGGUUUUCAGACGAGAACCUAGCUGACCAGCUCAUGACAUUCCUCGCCGCCGGCCAUGAGACAACAGCCACUGCAAUGACCUGGGCAAUAUACAUGCUAGCAAGAUUCCCCAAGGUACAAGAGCGUCUGCGACGGGAAGUUCGCGAGUUGCUUCCUCCCAUCGACUCUGAUACCGACAUCACCAGCCUCGAUAUUGAUCACAUGCCAUAUCUUAACGCUGUCUGCAACGAGGUUCUGCGGUACUACUCUCCCGUGCCAAUGACUCUUCGUGAGACUAAUCAAGAUACGGAAAUCCUGGGCCAUACAAUACCAAAGGGUACCAGAGUUGUUAUUGCCCCGUGGGCGACAAAUUUCGAUAAAUCACUAUGGGGUUCGGAUGCCCACGAAUUUAACCCUGACAGAUGGAUGCCGACAAGUGCCGACGAUAAGAGAGCUGCAAGCGGCGGGGCUACAAGCAACUUUGCCUUUAUGACUUUCUUACAUGGCCCUAGAAGCUGUAUCGGCCAGGCCUUUGCAAAGGCAGAAUUUGCUUGUAUUUUGGCUGGCUGGGUCGGCCGGUUCGAGUUCGAGCUCAAGGAUGAAGAACAAAGAGACGAGAAAAAUAUCGAAAUCAAGGGAGGUAUCACUGCCCGGCCCUCCAAGGGCAUGUAUAUGCGUGCGACAAUUGUGGAUGGUUGGUAAGGUUUAAUCAUAGGUUAAUGAAGUAUAUAUAUCCACUACUCAACUACUGUAUUAUGCUUUAAUUCAUGGAACAUGACUUGCAUACUCUCUAAUACCAACAAACCCAACACCCGUCCCUAAAUGUCUUUUGCCUACAAACCAACAAUACCAACCUUUAGGAAGGUCGAAUCCUCGUCAAUCUGUUUCCUGAGCUCGCCAUGCUUAAGCUGGUCUACAUCCCACGCGG